UGCUGCAUCUCGAGAUUCGCCGUAUCCUUCUCAAUCCCACAGCUUGUCUCCUCUGACCCUUUUUUUUGUUAAGUCUCAGAUUGAAUCAGAGAGAAAACGAGUGAUUUUGUUUUCUUAUUUUUGUUCUUGUUCCAGAUCCAGAUAUUCCCGUAUAGUCAAGGUUUUAGCCAGUCAACAUGGCGUCGGCUGCAGGGCCUGAGAACAAGUGGCUCAGGGGGAGAGUGAAGGCUGUGACUUCUGGGGACUGCUUGGUGAUUACGGCUUUGAGCCACAGCAAGCCCGGUCCUCCACCGGAAAAGACCAUCACUCUGUCUUCUCUCAUGUCACCGAAGCUCGCUCGCAGGGGAGGCCUAGAUGAACCUUUUGCAUGGGAAAGCAGGGAGUUUCUCAGGACACUUUGCAUAGGAAAGGAGGUUGUAUUCAAAGUGGAUUACAAAGUGGAGGCCAUUGCUGGCAGAGAGUUUGGCUCUGUUUUCCUUGGCAAUGAAAAUGUUGCUAUGCUUGUUGUUGCUGCUGGAUGGGCAAAGGUCAGGGAGCCAGGCCAGCAAAAUCAGGAUAAGGUCAGUCCUUACAUUGCAGAAUUGCUGCGUCUUGAAGAGCAGGCCAAGCAAGAAGGGCUUGGUCGCUGGAGCAAGGUUCCAGGUGCCGCUGAGGCAUCUAUCAGAAAUCUUCCUCCUUCUGCCAUUGGGGAUUCUGGUAACUUUGAUGCCAUGGGACUUUUAGCUGCAAACAAAGGCAAGCCCAUGGAGGGUAUUGUCGAGCAAGUCCGUGACGGCAGUACUGUUCGGGUCUAUCUUCUUCCAGACUUUCGGUUUGUGCAAGUAUUUGUUGCGGGAGUUCAGGCUCCAUCAGUGGGAAGGAGACCUGCAGCUGAUAGUUUUAUUGAGACAGAUGUUACCUCAUCUGAGCCAAAUGGAGAUGUUUCUACAGAACCACAUGCUCCUCUAACAUCAGCUCAGAGACUUGCUGCCUCUUCAGCAUCAUCUGGCGAGUCUUCUCCUGAUCCAUUUUCAAUGGAAGCUAAGUACUUUACUGAGCUUCGUGUUCUGAGUAGAAAUGUCCGCAUUGUUUUGGAAGGUGUUGAUAAGUUCAGCAAUCUGAUUGGAUCAGUUCAUUACUCUGAUGGGGAAACAGUGAAGGACUUGGGAUUGGAGCUCGUUGAGAAUGGUCUUGCUAAGUAUGUUGAAUGGAGUGCUAACAUGAUGGAAGAUGAAGCCAAGAGGAAACUCAAAGCUGCAGAGCUUCAAGCCAAGAAAACCCGGUUGAGAAUGUGGACAAACUAUGUUCCUCCAGCCACAAACUCAAAAGCGAUUCAUGACCAGAACUUUACGGGAAAGGUAGUGGAAGUUGUAAGUGGGGACUGUGUUAUCGUUGCCGAUGAUUCUAUUCCAUACGGGAGCCCAUUGGCAGAAAGACGAGUCAAUCUUUCGAGUAUCAGGUGUCCCAAAAUGGGUAAUCCGCGAAGAGAUGAAAAACCAGCCCCUUACGCUCGGGAAGCUAGGGAAUUUUUGAGACAACGGCUCAUUGGCAGACAAGUUGUUGUUCAGAUGGAAUACUCAAGGAAGGUCGGCCCAGCAGAUGGUCCUACUACUUCUGGGGCUGGUGAUUCCAGAGUCAUGGAUUUUGGCUCGGUGUUCCUUGCCUCUCCCUCCAAGGGUGAUUCUGAUGAAACUCCAUCGCCUGCUGCAGCUACUGCCGGCGGCCAGCAGCCGGGAACGAAUAUCGCAGAGCUUAUUGUUGCCCGUGGUUUUGCAACUGUGGUUAGGCAUCGGGAUUUUGAGGAAAGAUCGAACUACUACGACGCUCUUUUGGCUGCUGAAUCCUGUGCUAUUACUGGGAAGAAGGGAAUCCAUUCUGCAAGGGAUCCUCCAGUCAUGCACAUCACUGAUCUUACAACGGCCUCAGUCAAGAAGGCUAGGGAUUUCUUGCCAUUCCUGCAUCGAAGCAGGAGAACCGCUGCUGUUGUGGAAUAUGUCCUCAGUGGACAUCGGUGUAAGCUUCUGAUUCCAAAGGAAACAUGCAGUAUUGCCUUUUCAUUCUCUGGUGUCAGAUGCCCUGGCAGAGACGAGCCUUAUUCCGAUGAAGCAGUUGCUUUGAUGAGACGAAGGAUUAUGCAGAGAGAUGUUGAGAUUGAAGUUGAGACUGUGGAUAGAACGGGUACUUUCUUGGGAUCAAUGUGGGAGUCCAGGACAAACAUGGCUGUGGUUCUUCUUGAAUCCGGCCUAGCAAAGAUGACUAGCUUCGGUGCAGACAGGAUCCCUGAGGCUCACCUUCUUGAACAGGCUGAACGAUCUGCUAAAAGUCAGAAACUGAAGAUUUGGGAAAACUAUGUUGAAGGAGAAGAAGUCUCGAAUGGUUCUAAUGUAGAAACUAAGCAGAAGGAAACAUUGAAGGUUGCUGUUACAGAAGUACUUGGAGGUGGUAAAUUCUAUGUUCAAUCAGUUGGUGAUCAGAAAGUAACCUCGAUCCAGCACCAACUUGCUACCUUGAAUCUCAAAGACGCACCCGUCAUUGGGGCGUUCAACCCUAAGAAGGGCGACAUUGUCCUUGCACAGUUCAGCCUCGACAAAUCCUGGAACCGUGCCAUGAUUGUAAAUGGACCCCGAGGAGCCGUUCAGUCCCCAGAGGACAAAUUCGAAGUAUUCUACAUCGACUAUGGGAACCAAGAGAUGGUUCCAUACAGCGGAAUACGUCCAGUGGAUCCUUCAGUAUCAUCUGCCCCGGGGUUGGCACAGCUAUGCAGGCUCGCGUACGUGAAGGUCCCGAACCUGGAAGAGGACUUUGGGCCGGAAGCGGCAGAGUAUCUGAGCAAUGUGACGCUGGGAAGUGGGAGAGAGUUCAGGGCAGUGGUAGAGGAGAGGGACACUUCUGGAGGCAAAGUCAAAGGCCAAGGGACUGGAACAGAACUCGCUGUCACUCUUGUCGCUGUUGAUGAUGAGCUCUCCGUCAAUGCCUCGAUGCUUCAGGAAGGGAUUGCGAGGAUGGAGAAACAGAAGAAAUGGGAGCCGAAAGAGAAACAGGCGGCGCUCAACAGUCUGGAGAAGUUCCAAGAGGAAGCACGAAAGUCCAGGACAGGAAUCUGGCAGUACGGCGAUAUCCAAUCGGACGAUGAGGACACCACUCCCAUCAGAAAGCCCGGCCGCAGGUAGGUAAGUUUAAUCCCGCGGAGAGAGUUAGGUAAUUUAUGGUCGGAAACCAGAGACAUCAUAUGAUAAGUAUCUCGGCAUCAGUUAUCUCUGAGUUGAGCAAAUGUUUGUUUGCUUGAACGAAGCUUCUGUAACGUUUUAGAGUUCUUUUUGUGUGUGUGUGUGUUGGGUUUAAUUCAAUCACUACCUAGACAGACACAGGGAGUUUCUUGGUUUUCUUUUUUGUUCUCUUCCCGACAGAAGAGUGGUAAUAAAGGCGGGAAAGAAGUACGUUACUUUUA